CCAAUGUCCUGUAAAUUCAUCUAUUGUACUAAUUGCACAACAUGGCGCCUUUAUGUUUGUAUUAAGUUAUCACACAAUUCCAAUUACAAUCAGUAACACAUUUAAUAUUGGAUGAUAAUGUGAAGCGAAGAAAAAGUGUCUCUAUAACUAACAUUUCGAUUUGAUAUCAUUCAUAAAAUGCUGAAGGUAAUAUAGAAGCAUAGCAAGUUUGGUUGUACUUUAAUAUAAUGUUAGAAAAGGCUAGCGUACAAUCCAGGUGUAAUAUACACACUACAACAAAACCGGCCUCUAGUGGCUAAUAAUUGAGGCAAAAGUUCCAGGAAAAAAUCCCAAAGUACACUAGUUGUUAAAAAAAAUUCCAAAAUACAUAAGUUAUAAAAAAAUUUCCAAAACUACACAUGUUUGGCAUUCACCGUUUUUGAUAAACGCAGUGAAGACUAUCACCGCGUUUGACAAAAACGGUGAAUAUUUCACCGUUUAAAAAAAUGGUGAAGUAUUCACCGUUUUCCUCUAAAACGGUGAAGUAUUCACCGUUUUCCUCUAAAACGGUGAACCAAUAGUGAGUCAAUCACCGUUCUUCACCAUUUUAUUCAAAAGCGGUGAAGAUUAAACCGCUGUUGUGGGCCACGAUCAAGCGACGCGGAUCGCUGACGUGGACAAACGCGGUGUAUUCACCGCGUUAGACAAACACGGUGAAUACCCAGUGUUUGUUUGCGUCAGCGAUCUGCGUCGCUGACCCACUCACCGUGGCCGUUGGAUGCGGUGAGGCGCGGAUCGUGGUUUUCUUCCCAGAUCCGACGCCUCACAGCACGCCACGUGGCUCGAUCCGCGUUUGUCGCCGUUUUUGAGAAGGGCGAUGCAUUCACCGCCUUUGAGGGACGCGGUGAAUGCUCCCCAAUAAUUUUCGCAGACCCCUCCCUCCUUCCCUAUAAAUAGAACCCUUCCCCCCUCUUCCAAAUCACACCACCACUUUUACAAUUCUUUCUCCCUCUAUCUAUCCGCUCUGUGGUUGCGGAUAAAUCCAACCUUCCACAUCAUAAAGAAUUACUAGAGUUUGACCCUAAAAGACCCCCCCCCCCCCCCCGCCCGUCCCGCUAAGGUCCCGUCCCUUACAAACCUGAAGCCGUCGAACCUCUGUCCGGCUUCUGCCAAAAAAUGGACGAAGAGGCUCUUCGUGUAGGGUUUUUUUUUGUGUUUUUUUUUAAUCGUAACAAUUUAAUUUUGUGAUUUUUUUUAUCAAAAUAAUCUCUGAUUUCAUUACUUUUUUUUAUAGAUGGGUGCUGAGAUAUACGAUCCUCGAUUGUAUAUCCAUUAUGGGCCAAGAGAUAUGAGACUCUUAACCGAUCAAGAAGCUUAUCGCUCCCGUGCUAUUUGGGAUAACAAUCCGGUAAUUUGAUGAUUUAUUUGCUUUGUUUUAUUAUUUUCUAAGGUUUUAUUUUUCUUUAUUUAAACUAACAAAUUGAUGUUUUUCCUAUUUUUUUGAAGGAAUCACUUAUUCUCGUCGUUCAUAAAGGGACCACAAACUUGCCCGCUUGGCAUCCACGGUUGGCGCCCUAUAUAGAGAGGACCGGGUUGGGUAUGUUGCGCCAUUUCAUGCAGAUCGAAAUAGACUACGAUCUGCUUACGGCAAUGGCGGAGCGAUGGCGUCCCGAAACCCAUACGUUCCACCUUCUGGAGGGGGAAAUAACGAUCACCCUUAAAGACGUGGCGAUCCUCACCGGGCUGCCGAUUUCUAGAGAUGUCAUCAUUGGUUCCACUACCAAACCCGAAGGAGGUUGGGGGCCGCUCAUUCUUGCUGAGUUGGGAUUUGACAUGCCGACCACCACACCAAUUCAAGGACGGAGGCAUCCACCGUUGAAUGGGGGACAAGUGUUGGUUCCGUGGCUGGUAACUCACAUCCAGAAUGAGGUGGAAAUUAAUGACGAGACUCCGGAAGAUCAAGUGGAGCGCUAUGCAUGCAUCUACCUCAUUGGUCUGGUGGGUGGAUUUCUGUUCCCCGACAAGUCAAAUCGGUGGAUUCAAGGCAUAUGGUUGCCAUUGCUCACUGGUGACUGGGACGCAAUCGGGGGAAAGAGUUGGGGAUCAGCCGUGUUAGCUGCCUUAUUCAAGUUUUCCACUUGCAUGUCCUCCUUCUAUGUCUCCUCCCUCGCCAAUCGUUGGAUCUGCUACUUCACUCUGUUCUCCCCUCUGAAUUGUUGGGUCUAGACUAAAGAAUGGUGGGCAUACUCUGUUUUUUGUCUUCUUAUUGGAUAACGAUUUAGUGGUUUUUAAUCUUUAUCUGGGUUUCCGAUGCUGUAGGUUUUGUCAAUGCUUUUGGAGUGAUCCGUGAAUCUAGAUUUUGUGAAUCGCCACCAGCAGGUAAAAGGAAAGCUUUUUGUUGUAUGAAUGAGAUAAGUUAAAAAUGAAGGCAAAAUACAGCUGUAUAUCCACAACUAUCAGGUUUGUGACAAAUAUAUCCAUAACUAUCGAAAUACACGAAAUAUCCAUUUCCGUCCACUCCGUUAACUCCGUCAGUUAACUUGAUGACUGGACAGACGGUGGAUUCUUAGUUGGCAUGCUUUUGGCCCCACUAAAUGAUGUGGAUUAAAAGAUUAAAAAAAAUUAGGCAAAAUACAGUUGUAUAUCCACAACUAUCAGGUUUGUGACAAAUAUAUCCACGACUAUCGAAAUACACAAAAUAUUCAAAAAUCGGAAAGUUAUGUAACAAUUCUAUCCACUUUCGUCUGAAACUAUAACGGCAUGUCAGACGACGUUAAAUUGACUAACAAAAUGCUGAAUCGAUGCCAUCUCGCCUGCCAUAAGCGAAAAAGCCCUAAACGGCACUCGACCAAAAAAGCAUACUCCCGUUUCCGUAGUAACGAACCGCACGCCGCAGACGAACGUGUAGUCGCCGGACUCGUUAAGCAAGCGGGAGAGGUCAAAGCCAGAGGGGGAAAAAAUCAAUUAGGCUGCGCUCGCUGCCGCCGAAGUCGAAAUCCUCCACCACCUGGUAGUAAGUAGUAACUGGUCUCCUUGUAAUCCUUGUUGAACGAGGGGUCGCUGCUGGAUUUCGUCGACGGCGAUCCUGGACUCCAGAUUGGCGUCGAGGAGGCGGAACAGGAAGCUGGCGGAGCUCCUGGGAGUUCCAUUUGGGGCACCAGAACUGGCCUUUGUAAAUCUUUUUGUACAUGGCCAAUUGGCCAUGAAGUUGGUAUCCUUGAAAUUAAAGGUAAGUAGCCGGCGAUGAGGACGAACAACUGAACAAGAUGACCCCACAAGGACUAGAUGCCCACCUUGGCACCGUCGUAGCCUUCUUGGCGGGUCCUGGUCAGGAUUCAAAUGAGAUGGUGGUAGCGACGAGGGUUUGGCGUGGAUUGCAUUAUCCACCGCACUGAAAUGGUUCUCUCAACUCCACCCGCCGGCGAGGAGAUGCCGGGAGCAUGCGCCCGCCGACGAGUCGAGGGAAUAAUUGCCAGAGAGACGAACGGUUUUUGCAAAGGGGGGAUGUGAAUUAGUUUAGUGUUUGAUUUUGUCUAAUUAAUAAAAUAAUUAAAACCUAAAAUUAGGAGUAGAUGAGGGGCAAUUGGAUCAUUUUACAAUUUUUUUAACAAUCACUUAACAUAUAAUUGGAUGGAAGGGUAAACUCGUUAUAUUCUAAUAUUAGAAGGAUAUGUUUGUGCAAAAAUUUAGUAGAUGGAUACAUUUGUUAAUUCACCAUAGCAUAAGGUACAAAAUGGUAUUAAAAAAAACUCACAAUUGCACUAAAAAAAUUCAAAAUACACGAAUUUGAGAUGAUUCACGUUAGACACCAUCGAAUUAAGAAGCGAUUCGCUGAUUAGUGAAACUAUUCACAUAGUUCGCUUUUAUAUGAGGUGAACCGAAGUUUGUUCUCUUAAAGGUCAUGUGAUCCUAGUUAGUUUACGUUGGGAUAACACGGUUGUACCUAGAUCACGCACAGAACGCUUCAGUCAGCUGUAAUACACAUGCAGAUCGUUGCCUAUUACCUCGAUCAAGCCCUAAACCCUACUAAAAAUUUAAGGGCGGAACAAGACAUAAGACUUUUUCGACUCGUAAUCGUUAUUUAUAAUGCAUAAAUUCAAGGAAUCCUU